AUGUCCGAAACAGACGCGCUGCUGGGCAAUGGCAGAGCCAAUGAACCACGCCCAUACUGGCUAGCAAAACAUCUGUGCAGCGAACUCGACCCCCAAUAUGGCGACCUCGUGCUUUUAUUCUGCUACAUCAUCACCGGCCUGCUCGACAGCUCCGCGGUGUUCAUAUGGGGCUCCUUCGUGAGCAUGCAAACCGGAAACACCGUAUAUUUCGGACUGGGACUCGUCGGAACCGACGAUGAUCGUUGGAUCAAAUCGGGAGUCUCUAUCGCGGGGUUCUGUUUAGGCUCCCUAUGUUUCGCCACCUUCCACCGUGUCUUCCCGGCAAGACGCCGAUGGGUCCUCUGUGCCUCGUUCCUUGCUCAAACAUUCCUGGUGUCCAUUGCCGCUUUGAUCGUUACAAUUUAUCGGCCGGCUCGCGAUGCGCCGUUAAGUUGGUUGGUCCUCGUCCCAGUUGCUCUCGUCGCAUUUCAGAGUAGCGGGCAGGCUGUAACAAGUCGUGUUUUGAACUUUGGCGGUUUGACUAGUGUUGUUCUUACUAGUAUUUAUUGCGACCUGUUUUCGCACCCCGACCUUCUCACUAGAAAGGUGGUUGGGCAUACUGAAGAGAUGCGGCGGCUUGGUGCAGUCUUGUGCUUGUUGUUCGGGGUGGUCUUGGGGGGUCUCUGGGCUCAUAGCGCCGUGGGCAUGAUGGGAGCUUUGUGGACCGCAGCAAUUCUGAAGUUGUUGAUUGUUGUUGCGUGGCUGUUCUGGAAAGGGAAAAAUGAGGCAGAUACGGAAUGA